UAUCCUUAUCCCUAUAUUCACAUCGAACCGGACACCUUUUGGGCCCAAUGUAGACUAAUGUAAUGCCUUAAAAAAUUGUGACAAUCAAACGGCAACGUUUUAGGCAGAGGGGCAGCGGACCAAAUUUAACAGUCACACCACGCGUGGUCAACCUCCGCCUUUUACCCAUUUCCCAGCUCAGAACCUCCGAAAUCAGAAACUCCUUUCGUAUUUUCUCCUCUGAAGGGCGUUGCGUUUGCGUCACUGCGCCACUGAACUCUGACCAGUUAACAGUACCAGUUUUACACGUUUUGUACGAAGAAGAUUGCGAAAAUAUAAUAAACAUGAGUCGCAAGAGAGACAAACCCUACUUCUCGCGCCAAGACCGUGCUCCCAUCACGAAACGGCGUCGUCCUUUGCCUCCUCAGCUACCAGUAGAAGAUGUGGACGACAAGCCAACGGAGAAGAAACCUCCGCCGCCAGCUGUGGUGGUUAUGGGUCUGUCGACGGACUGCUCGGUUCUUGACCUGAAGUCGAGGUUCGAGAUCUACGGUUCAAUCUCUCGUAUCCGCAUCAAUCGUGAUGGCGUCGGUUACAUAACGUACCGGUCCAAGGAGUCGGCGGAAGCUGCCAUUGCUGCUGCUCUUGAUGCCUCCUUUGGAAUAAGCAUUAAUUCCAAAAAGGUACAGGUGCUUUGGGCAACGGAUCCGCUUGCGCAAUGGAGGGAAGGAGUUGGCGGUGGAAGUAACAAGGAAAUUGGGUCAUCCUCCAAGCUUCUGCAAGCUGAGAUACCCUUACGCAGACAUGGCAGAGGUAAUAAGCUGGCUUCAGCUAUAGUGAAACCCAAAAGCAGUAGUGAGAGUGCUGCUGUGUUGGAUGUGCCUUUGAAAGGCAGGGAGAUAGUUGCUUAUGAUGAUAUUCUUUAGCAUUAUUGGUUAGCUUCUUCUGAGUCGAUAAUGGUGGAAAACGAAGAAGGCAAAGCAGGAGGAAAACAAGAAAAAGAAGAAGAAAACAAAGAAUUGCAUCAACGAGUAUGGAGUUGGGGAGCAGGAACUGACGGGCAAUUGGGCACAGGCAAGCUCGAGGACGAGCUUCUCCCCCAACUCCUUCACUUUCCUUCUCUUUCCUCCGCUGGACCUAUCUCCAAGCUUGCCUGCGGCGGCGCUCACGUUAUUGCCUUGAACGCUGGUACUUACCCGCAGUUCCGCCUUAUAUUUGUGUUUGUUACAAUAGUCUUUAUGUUCGAUGUUUGAUCUCAUCAGUUUGCAGGGGGGAAAGUACUGUCAUGGGGCAGAGGAACAUCUGGUCAGCUGGGGCAUGGAGAUAUUCUCAGUAGCUUAUAUCCAAAGCCUGUGAAUUUUUUAGAUGGUUAUGUUAUCACUCACGUUUCUGCUGGUUGGAGCCAUUCUGGAUUUGUUUCAGACACAGGAUGCCUUUUUACUUGUGGGGAUGGCUCAUUUGGUCAGCUUGGCCAUGGGGACUAUAACUCACAUACUGCUCCUGUUAAAGUUUCAUACUUUGCUAAUAGACAUGUUGAGCAGAUAGCAUGUGGCAUGCGCCAUUCACUUGUACUGUUGAAAGAUUGUGUAGGAAACCAAGUUUAUGGUUUUGGCUCUGGAAAGCGUGGUCAAUUGGGUAUCUCUAAAGAUAAGAUUAAAUCGGUCAAUCUUCCCCAACUUACCUGUGGAUUUGAACACAUUGAAAUCAUUAGCAUAAAUGCAAAUGGAGACCACAGCGCUGCUUUUACUGCUGAUGGUCAUCUUUUUGUUUGGGGAAGAGGAUUUCCUGGAAAUUCUGAUAUUAGUACUCCACAAUGUUUGGUUUCAUCUUUGCGAUUGAUCAAAGUUGCUCUUGGAUGGAAUCAUGCUUUAACAUUGACUGCUGAUGGUGAAGUCUUUAUCCUUGGAGGUGAUCGACAUGGGGCGCUUAGCAAUCUUGAGAAAAUGAGCACGGCAAAGUUGUUAACUGAUUCAACAUGCAAUGUUUUCGAUAGAGUCUCAAGUCUUGACGGGGUGAAAGUUGUGGAGAUUGCAGCUGGCGCCGAGCAUUCUGCAUUUUUGACAGUGGAUGGAGUAAUAAAGACAUGGGGAUGGGGUGAGCAUGGUCAACUUGGCUUGGGGAACACAAAUGAUCACACCAACCCUCAAACAGUCAAUCUAGGCCUUGAAGGUCAGAACCAAGAAGUCCUCUUCAAAGUUUAUUGUGGCAGCGGUUUUACAUUUGUUACAAGUGUAACUUAACUGUGAUUGGAUGUAGUGAAAAUAUGUCUCAAAACUAUGAUUGGAAGUAGUAAAAAAAUGGCUCAAGUGAGUCUAGUAUGUAACAUUUUUUUUUUUUUUUCUGAAUGGAUAUAUAACAUUAAUUAAUAACUUUAUAGAGGAUUAUUGGCAAGUUUUAAUGCCA